CGGCUGUGCGAAGGGGAGGGGAGGGCCCGGUCUGGCCGCGCCUGCUCGGUGCGGAGCGGCCAUGGCGGGGUUGGAGCUGCUGUACUGCUCGGCUCAGGCCGGCAUCUCCUGCCCGCAGGAUGCGUUGGUUUGCGGGAUCCACUGGGAGCUGAUCCAGCACGGCUACCGCUGCCUCGGCGCCGGAGAGCAGCCAGGUCCUGAUGAAAGGAAGUCAGAGCUGCUGCCCGCUGGCUGGGAAGCCAACAAGGAGGUGUAUACACUGCGCUACAAGUCUACAGACGAUGCCCAGGAACUGCUGCUGAAAGCCAUUGCGGUGGAAGACAGCAUGAUCCUUAAUGUCAUGGAUCGUCAUUCUCAGAAGGUGGCAGACGUGACCUUGGCAGUGGCUGACUACAUCAACCCAGAGCACCUGAAUGAUUUCCACAAAGUCUACAAGAACAUGGAGGAGUUGAGGACAAGGAUUGCUUCAGGUAUCAUCAGUCCCCUGGGGGUCCCCACAGAAAAGGUCAAGAAGGAGUCCCAGGCAGAGAAGAAAGAUCCUGUCUCCCCCCAGGAUUAUAACCCCCUUGGGAUCCCACCCCGGCACCCUGCAGGCACAAGAGCACCAUCAUGGCCCUCUCCUUUGAACCCCUUCGCUGUUGGUGGGCAGGACCUGGACCCUUUGGGAGGUCGGAGUGGUGGAAUGAUCGUUGAUCCUCUCCGGUCUGGAUUCCCACAGCCUGGCAUUGACCCAUCAGCAGGUCUCCCCGGCCGCCUUCCCCCAGGAGCAGUUCCACCAGGAGCCAGAUUUGACCCCUUUGGCCCCUUAGGGGCUGGUAGGGCUGGGCCAGAUCCCGACCACCUCCCACCUCCAGGCUAUGAUGACAUGUUCAUGUGAGGAGUCACUGAGUGGUUUCUCAGCUAGCUGCAGCCAGAGCAGUUUCCUGGAGCGAGGAGCACUUUCCGCUCUUCAUUCCCUUCUUUGGUGGACUUUGAUCUUUUCAACAGUGAUUUUCUUCUCCCUGCUCAGGGCUGUGCUCCUGUGUUUCAGACUGGCUAUAAAGGUUUCCAUAUGCACAGAACAAAAGAGGAAGCAGUAGGUUCAUUUCUUUCUCUGCUCCUCCAAGGGUAGCUGGCCAUGGGUACGCAGCAGACAUGGGCCAGCCUUGUGCCAGAGCAGUGUCAGGAGCAGCGUGGUGUGCUGAGAGCAGCCCUGGGCUUUGAGGUUUCUCCUCUCCUUCUCCAGGGUGGCAUAGCUUUUGCUGCUGGGAUUAUGCAUACAGUCAGUGGUAAGGAGGGAGCUGGCUUCUUGCCACUCCCGUGCUGGGGAGCUGCAAUAGCGUCGCUGAAAGCUUCAGCUGGAGAAGGCUUCCCAUGCAUGGUGGUUUCUCUCUUGCUCUUUAUCCAAAGAGUGCUGAUCAGUAAUGGAGGGCUAAAGCCCAUCUCACAGGGUCUUUGUGGGCAGACCCCCAGUAGAGGCUCAGGUGGGCUUCUGCAUGGGCAUGCACACUGAAUGUGAAGGGCUCCAACAGCAAAGCCUUGAACAUGCAUGAAAAGAGACAUGCAGUGAAUUCCUGGCAUUAUCUGUCCCCCUGUAGCCAUGCUGUCCUUCAUUCCUGGGGAUGUGUGCCAAACCCACAGGCAGUGUGGAGAGCUGCCUGUUGGGCACCGUGUUGGUUGGGGUGGAACAGGAGGCUUGGGUGCCUACCUGAACUCGGGGUCCAGCACAGUCUCUCUGUGCCUGGUGGAGCUGAAGGAUUUAGGGCUUUGCUUUGCAGCAGGUUUAUAGGAACAUGUUUCACUGCUGUCAGUCCUAUGGCAUGAGACAUGAGACCUGUGUGGCUCUGCCCAGCUGGACUCUGUGUUGCCAUCACCAAACAGCUUGUGGAGGAAGGACAAGACCUGCAUGAGUCAUAGGGUUCUCAGCUCUUUCUGGAACCCCCUCCCUUUCCUACAGCUUCCCCUGUGUCAGAUAAUUUUGGGGCUGGAGCCCCCCAGGAGUUCAAUACUGUAUUUUCUUCUCAUGGUUUGAUUUCUUGGAAAGACGUUCAUGAGUUUGAAAUAAAAAUCUGACAACA